AUGUCAGAAUCAAGAGCGUAAUUAAAAAUUAAAUGAUAAAAUUAGUUUUGCUAAUGCAAUGGCAGCACUACAAAAAAAGGCAGCAUUUUUGGAAGAAGAUAAUAAAAUUUUGGUUACCUAAUUAAAAAGUUGUUAAUAUGAAUUACAAAAAUUAGUGGAAGAAUUAUCAAAUAAAGAAAGUAUAUUUGAAACUUUAGAAAAUAAACUUAAGACAACAAUUUCUUAACUAGAAGAAGAGUUAUUUAAGAAAGAUGAAGAACUUCUACAAAAGGAUGCUUAAAUAGAGAGUUUAUCUUAAGAAUUACAUUAAUCUUUAAUUGAUUAAAGUAGAGUAAUGGAUUAAUAAUUAAUUGAUAAAUAAUAAUUGAGUGAAUAAUAGGAAUAAAUUCAAAAAUUAAAAUCAGUGAUCUAUAAAUUAAAAGAGCCAAGAAAAGAAGAUGUUAGAUUUACGUAAAGUGAAAAGAAAACAAGUUUUGUAUCAAGAUUAGAUAAUGCUGUUGAAUAAUAUUUUAAUAAUGAAAAUUAAGGAUAUGAAUAAUUGAUUAGAAGAAUUUCUAGAUUAGAAAAAGAAAUAAAGGAAAUGGAGAAUGAACAGAGUAAUAAAGUACUGUUGGAUCAAAAAAUAUAAUUAUUAAAAGAAUUAUAAGAGUAGGAAGAGUCCCUUUUACAAUAUAUUUGAACUUAAU